AUGCCUGAAUCACUAUUAGCUGGAGAGAGGUUCCGCAUUGGCUACGCUCUUGCACCCAGAAGUGUAAGCAGCUUCAUCCAAGAUUCUCUCGUUGUUUACGCUGAAAAACGAGGCGUUGAUCUCAUCCCAAUCGAUCUCGAAAAGCCAUUGGUCGAACAAGGUCCGUUCGACUCUGUUUUCCAUAAGCUCUACGAUGCAGAAUGGAAGAAGCAAUUAGAAGAAUUCUCACUUCAAAACCCGACUGCAAUCAUAGUCGACCCGAUUGAAUCAAUCGAGAAGCUCCACAAUCGAGUCUCCAUGCUCGACGCAGUUAAGCAAUUGAAAAUUGAAAACCUAGAAAUUCCCCUGCAGGCUUUCGUUGACUCAAACGAAAGCCUGCAGGAUGAAAUUGAUAAUCGGGGGAUGAAAUUUCCCCUGAUUGCAAAAGCGAUGAUCGCUAAUGCUACAGCUGACGCUCAUCAGAUGUGUCUAGUGUUAAAUCGGGACGGAUUAAACGGAGUAAAAACCCCAAUUGUAUUACAGGAAUUCGUAAACCACGGGGGAGUGAUUUUCAAGGUGUACGUAGCAGGGGAUCACGUAAAAUGCGUGAAAAGGAAGUCAUUGAGUGAUAUAACCGAAGAGAAAUCGGGGAAUUCAGAGAAUUUGAUUCCGUUUUCCCUGAUUUCUUACUUCGCUGAUAAUGAACAGAGCGAUGAGAGUUUAGCGAAGCUGAUGGAGGCAGCGAUUAUGCCUCCAUCAAGCUUCGUUAACCAAGUUUCAAAGCAGUUACGACAUGCUUUGAAACUUCAUCUUUUUAAUUUCGACAUGAUAAGAGAUAGUGAAAACGGAAAUCGAUAUCUAAUUAUUGAUAUCAAUUAUUUCCCUGGUUAUGCUAAAGUGCCUGAAUAUGAACAAGUGUUGACUCCAUGUUUUCUUGAUUUAGCACACCAGAAGCGCAGCAAAGAGACUACUAAAGUGGACAAUUAA